UAAAACAAACAACUGUUUAAGAAAAAAUCCUUUUGCAUUAUUUACAUUCUAUAGUGCUGUUAAAUAUAAUUUUAAAAUUAUAGUUGAAAAUCUAUUUGGUUAAUUUGUCAUGACGCCGUGUGAAACGCCUGCUGCCCUCUGUAAGAACUUAACGUCCUCAUCAGAGGUUCUCCCACUUCCACUAGCGGCAUCGCCCUUCUUCGUCAAUCGUUAUCGCCGAGGCAGUCGGGAAUAAAUUUCCACCCUCUGUGUAAGACGUAGUUGUCAGUUUGGUACCGAAUCUGUUUUCAAAUCGUCCGUCGGGUUUCAGUAGAGUUGAAGACAACCGCACGCAUUCUUCAAUAGUUUUGAAAAAUCCGGCAAUCCUUUUAAAAUGACCAUCGUCACGAAACCUUUGAGCGAGAAGAAAAACGAGAACAAAGAGCCUCUCGUCGACGGGUUCAAUGUCGAUGUCGUUUCUAAUGACUCUGAAAAGGGACUGCCAGUAUUCCCACGACCUGCAGUUAGGCCACCUGCAUUCGUAGUCCGCAAGAAGAGGGUGAAUGCAGCGACGUCAGCAUGCCUUUAUGUCACGGCGUUGAUUGUCCUGAGCUGUGGAUUAAUCACCGGUCUUCACAUCUACAGUCAGUUCGGACGUUUGAUGACAGCACAGAUGCAGCUUCUGUCAUGCCGAAUCCCUUACAGCACCAUCCUCCACAGUGACGAAGAAUUUGCUAUGCCUUUACAACAGAUAGAUGAUAAGGAGAGAUAUUUCCAUGAAGACUUUGAGAUUGACUACAGCCAUGAAAAGAUCAAUGUACCUGAUUUCAGCGGUAGCAGAAACAGCAAAUUUAUUCAUGAUUUCAGUCAGAACAAAACUGGCAUUGUUGAUGUUGAUGGCAAAAGAUGCUUUGUUAUGCCAUUGAAUCAUACCAAUGUUUUGCCUCCAGAAACACUUUACGAUCUCAUCAAAAAAAUGCAAGAUGGAUACUACGAAAUAAACACGGCGGUGAUUAGAGAUACAAUGAGAGUUGUACUGCCUGCGAUUGAGGACCGAUCGUCACUCGGCAUCUACAUAAGGAAAGAAUGCCAGGAUUAUGCAAUCUAUAGACUGGAAAAAUUCGAUUCCAGAGUUUACAAAAGGAGCGCAGAGCCUGAAAUCAAGUUUGUCGCGUUUGCGGGCAAAAAUACACAAGAACUUCAUAUAGUCAACUUUGCUGAGCUUGAGACGCAUGAAGAGCAAGUACCCGUUGCAAUGGCAUAAGGGGAAAAAAUGAGUCUUUUUUAUUAUUCAUUUUAUAAAAACUAAACUUUAAUCCACAAUAGGUUAUCAUAUCAUAAAAAUAAAAAAAAUAAAAAUAGUGAGAAACUUUUUAGCUAUGUGUUUUAGAUGUUAUUAGAAAAUAAAUACAUAUCUUAUUUUGUUUGUUAAUCCACAGUUCCCUGAUGGUGGCUUUGACAUUUUUAGCUCCAUAUUUUCUAAUUUGAACCAAAUUUUUAUUUAAAAUUUAAGUAUUUUCUUGAGUACUAAGUAGGAGUUGCCGUAUUAGUCUUAUAUUUAUUCAUCCUUCCUUUAUAGAUUUUUGAAUACAAAAGUGAGCUAAUUAUAUUUGUUGGGUGUUGUUUAUGUACCCUUCCUACAUCUUCUAUUGAGGGCUUAUUACUCGAUAUUGCAUUUAGUGUUUUUUGGUGUAGGUAUUCCAUUCCACAUAUUUACCGUGUAUACUUUAAUGUUGUAAUAAAUAUUGUGCACAAAAAAUAUUGAUGCAAGUAAUUUAGGGUAACGAAGAAAAAAUAAACUUUUUUACUUACUGUAGUAUUUUACUACUAACUGUAAAAAUUUACCUGCAUACGUUUGACCUAAACAUGUUGAAUCUGAUAAUUGUAAUUUAGGUACCUGCAAUCGAUUCUCCAGUUUGGUUUUCAAUAAAGAUUAAGGCUGUGUUUUGUGUGUUGUUCAAUUUUUGUAAAAUUUAUUAAAAAAUUGUGUAGAAGUUUGUUUAACCAGGUCAUUAUUGUUUGUACAAUUUUUGUUGUUAAUGCAUUGUAAAAUUGUAACAAAUUGAACCCACGGAAUAAAGAAGACAUCUUAAAAUACAUAACACGUAAUGUUAUUCAAUUGUGAAAAAAAAUCAAAUUCAGUUAAUAAUUUGUUGUUUUAUGCAAAUAUAUUACGUUGUCCGAUUA